AUGUUUGGGAACCUGUUCGCGCCUCUGCUCACCAGAACGAGCUUUAUGAACUCGGUUUUCACGCCUACAACGUUCACAAGAGGCAUUGCGAAGACCAACAGAUCUGCCUACAAGAGGUGGAGGAAGACCGCAGGAGGCUACAAGAGAGGGCUGUCAGGAAGAAAGCACGGAAAUGCUUCGUGGACCAGUUCUGUUUUGCGGAAACAUACAGGUACGGCCAUGGCAACAUCGUCGGGACACGGAAACAUGAAGAAGAGACUGGGAAAGAUGCUGCCGUACCUUUAG